AUGGCAACCCCUAACCACACUGGUGCCAGCCACUCACUUUUCAUUCUGCGGGGCAUCCCUGGCCUGGAAGACCAGCACAUAUGGAUUUCUCUUCCCUUCUUUAUUUCCUACCUGGUUGCUGUCCUUGGGAAUAGCCUCCUUGUCUUCAUCAUCAUUACUGAACGCAGCCUCCAUGAACCCAUGUACCUCUUUCUCUGCAUGCUAGCUGUGGCUGACCUCAUCCUGUCCACUACCACUGUGCCCAAAGCCCUGGCCAUAUUCUGGUUUCAUGCUGGGGAGAUCUCCCUUGAUGGCUGCAUCACUCAAAUCUUCUUCAUCCAUGCCACCUUCAUUGCUGAAUCAGGGAUUCUGUUGGCCAUGGCAUUUGACCGCUAUGUGGCCAUCUGUGACCCACUGCGAUAUACUACACUGCUCAGUCAUGCAGUAAUCAUAAAGGUUGGUCUGGCUGUGGUCCUGAGAAGCUUCUCUGUGAUACUCCCAGAUGUGUUCCUGGUGAAGAGACUGCCUUUCUGCCAUAGCAAUGUGUUACCACAUACCUACUGUGAGCACAUGGCUGUUGCCAAGUUUGCUUGUGCUGAUAUUCGUGUCAAUGUCUGGUAUGGCUUGUCUGUUCUUCUCUCUACUGUAAUGCCAGAUGCCUUGCUCAUCUUGGUUUCGUAUACCCUCAUCCUCAAUGCAGUCUUCCACCUCCCUUCCCGAGGAGCUCGGCAAAAGGCUCUAGGCACGUGUGGCUCCCACCUUGGGGUCAUUUCCAUGUUCUAUUUGUCUGGCAUUUUUACUGUAAUUACCCAGCGGUUUGGGCAUCAUGUUCCCCUCCAUACUCACAUUCUGCUGGCCAAUAUCUGCACAUUAGCCCCUCCCAUGCUGAACCCUAUCAUUUAUGGGGUCAAGACCAGGCAGAUUCGAGAUUUAUUUUUGCUUUUGUUUUCCUUGCCUCAGGAGGCAUACCUAGAAAAAAGUUUCUAUGGCCUAUGUCAAUAGGUUACUGCUUGUGUCCUCCUGUAGGAUAUUUAUGGUUUCAGGCCACACAUUUAGGUCUAUUAAACCAUUUUGAGCUAAUUUUUGUGUAUGGUGAAAGUAAGUAGUCUAGUUUCAUUCUUUUGCAUGUUACUGUCCAGUUUUCCAAUCAUCAUUUGUUGAAGGUACGUUUUCUCAUUGGAUAUUCAUUCUUCCUUUGUCAAUGAUUAAUUGAUAAUAUAAUU